AUGACCCAAGCCAGCAAUGCCAAGCACUUGAGGAAAGGAGCAACAGUGCAUCGCACGUUCAACAGUCACGAAAGUCCUCGGAACGCCAGACGAUAUCCCUCAAGAAGUGUGUCCAUCCGCCUCGAGGAGGCGGCUUCUGAGAAGGACGAGGAGGAGGAGAAACAACUUCAACAACAACAACAACAACAGCAACCAAUCAUUUCACCCUUCCAUUUAGCCAUCGGCCUCUUCCUCAGUGUGAAAAUGACUAUCAUGUGGACUUUAGUGAGUGCAGCCGUGGUGCUCUGCGUAGUGAGACACAUCGAGAGCUCCUCGAUCGCUGGUCAGACCUCGUCCACGUCGUCGAUUCGGCCUAUCAAGGUGGGAGAGCAGCCUCAAUUGCUGUCCUCCGCCCAAACCGAGCUGGACGAGGAGAUCCUCACCAACGAGAUCCAGCAAUCCUACGCUAAGACGACAGGUUCACCGCCUGCCACUCAUACAAACUUUUGUGAUAGUUCCCAUUACAAAUGUUCGUGUUCUGCCCUCCAAACUGAAAAGAGGGAUCCAGGGCAGUCUGAACGGACCCAAGACGAACGAGAUGAUGAUGAUGAUGAUGAUGAUGACCAUGAUGAUGAUGAUGAGCCACAUCCAGAUCACCAACACCAAUCGAAAACAUUAUGCCUUUCCGAGGAUUGUGUGAUGGCCGCCUCCACCAUUCUGUCAUCUCUUGACAGAUCCGUGGAUCCUUGUGAGGAUUUCUAUCAAUUCGCUUGUGGAGGAUGGAUCCAAAAGAGCGUCAUAACCAACACGGAUCGGUUCUCCGCCAUCGACAAGCGCAAUCAAAACAUCAUACAUCGGCUUUUGCGUCAGAAUGUGUCAAGUUUGAGAAGCUCCGAGUCCGGCGAGGACGUGGGCGACAACUCGUCUUCAUCGGCUGAGAUCAAAGCCAAGAAGUUUUACCAAGCCUGCAUGGUCGAGGGUGGAGGACAAGACAAACAAAACUUGGACAACUUGCAACAACUUGUGGCUUACUCGGGCGGGUGGAACCUCUCUAACAAUUACAAUCACUCAGUGGGCUUUGACGACCGCGUUCAAAUGUUGCACAACAACUUGGGCUUGAAUGUGUUCUUCACAUGGGGCGUGAUCGAACACGGGGGAAGCCAUCAGAUUGCCGUGAUCGCCGGAGGCUGGAAUGAUGCCCUAAUUGUGGAGGAAGGCGAUCGGGAAGAGUAUCUAAAGCUCAUGACCAUGUACACCAUGCUAUUAGCCCAGGCCUCAGAAGACACGGUGGCUGUCAAUCUUGAUUACGAGGGUGGUGAAAAUGAGCCCAUUUCCUCCGAGGGACGAGAAAAUCCCCAAUUGAGUAAGGACGACUCGGCUUACGAAUAUGGCUACGAAGAUAUGUCGGCCUAUCCGCUUCCCGCCGAGAGUAAAGUGAAUCAAUCUGGCUUAAGCUUGAGCCCAAUCUUGUCCUCAUUGUUCCAAUGGAUGGUUCAGAAUGAGAGUGAGAUUGAGGAUGAGUCCACAGGGCCAGACCAACUGGAAAUCACAGAAACCAACUACCAUGAUGAGGAAGAACCCAGUGCUUCUAACAAUGGCAAUGGCUCCUCUGCUGCCAGGAGCAAAAAAUCCGCUCCCACAGUGGCAAUCCCAUGCUCGUCCGGAAAUUGCGCACCAGAAUCCAAUCAACAGAUUGUUACUAGUACGACAGAAGAGUCGCCGUCCCAGGGACCGCUGGACAAUGAGGGAAAGCCCGUAGAUGGGGACGAGGACCCCUUUGGAAACACGAGUGCGGCCAAAGUUGUGAGUAAUGAUAUAUUUGAUGCCACGGUGGAGACCUUCAAUCCCAUCCAAGCUGACUAUCAAGCAGAUGAGGGACAAUUCAAAAGGGACGUUUUGAUUAGACGAUCAUUUGGGCGAGACCCACUGUACUUGUGUGAAAAGGCCUCAAAAGAGCUGUCGGGUUCGUUGGCAUUUCAGCUCCUCCAAUGGCAAGCUAGGGAUAUAAGAUGCUCAGAUCUCGACUGGUUUUUGCAUUCAUACCUGAGCUCGCUGACUCGCUUAUUCUCGUCGACUUCGCUUGGCUUUCAAGUCCCAAUUCAGGCAGACUUUCUCGAUUGCUCUUCCAUUUUUUUUGCUUUCACUCAGCGUAGUAUAGGCCCACUUACUUCGUCGUCGGCGCCGUCUUCGCCUUCAUUGGCGGCUUCGGCGGCCUCGGCCACGAUUAUUUUUGGAGCCUCGGAAGAGGAGAGCAACCCCAGGCAGACCUCGUCCUCCCCAAUUUACUCGGAAGAAAACUUCUCUCGUAUCCUCGAACGCAACAAACUCAUUGAAAAAGCCAUGAUGGAAGUGGUUCGAUUUGAAGAGGCAUUGGCUAAUAUCACCUCCAAACCCGUGGAUAGCCACAACCUCGUUGCCUACUCCAUAAUGGAAUUGGAUCAGAACUACCCGUUCAUCGACUGGCAAGGCUUCUUCAAGCAAGCCUUUGCGGAGGGAGUCAAUCGAUUGGUAAUUGAGCAUCAAAAACAAGAACGAGGCCGACAAGUGCUAGUCAACUACAUGAUCUGGCGACUCUUGGCCGCCUUCUAUCCGGAUCGCCCACCUGAUGAGAUUCAACGUAAGGAGCGUUGCCUCAAGGAAACCGAAGACAUGUUCGCCCCAGUGGUCACCGCUAUGUACAUCAGAGACAAGGGCGUGGAGGCCUCCGAGCAGAUCGUGCAGCAAGUGGAUAUGAUGGUGGAUAUCAUGAAAGACGCUUUCAAGCACAAUCUGCCCAAGCUGUCUUGGAUGUCAGCCUUCUCGUUAUCCGCUGCCCAGGAGAAACUAGAGCACAUGGUCGAUUUAAUAGGUUAUCCCAAGAGCGUUCUUAACUCAACCUGGCUGGACACGUUCUUCGCUCGAGCCGAAAUUGAUGCCACGGAUUAUCUCUCCAAUGUGGUCACUCAAAGGUCAUUUAGUCGCCACAAGGAGAUCCUUCAGUUCUUCGAGACCUACAAUCGUGGUCUCUGGAACGACUUUGCUCAUAUGCCCGAUAUCGCUUAUGUGAACGCCUACUACAAUCAGUUGUCCAAUAUCAUGGUGGUUCCAAUUGGAAUGCUUCAGCCUCCUCUCUUUUGGGUCAAGCCGAAAUCACUGACUUUCGGUGCUUUUGGAAUCGUCGUAGCUCACGAGAUCACGCAUGCAUUUGACGACGAAGGCAUCCUCUACGACCAGUAUGGCACCUUCAACCCCUUGUACGACAACAAGACCAUCGAUGAAUUCCACUUGGCUUCCAACUGCGUGAGAAAUCAAUACUCGGAUUUUGAAGUGUUGACGGGCGUGAGAGUGGACGGGAACAUCACUUUAGGCGAAAACAUCGCCGACCACGGUGGCUUGAAGAUUGCCGAGAUCGCUUACCAUGAAUGGUUGAAGUCCAAUGGUCGAUCUGACAGCCAACUUCCCGCCGUAGAUUUCACCCACGAGCAAUUGUUCUACUUGGGUUAUGCACUUCCGUGGUGUGCAGUUCACAGCGACAACAUGAUGCGGACCCAUAUUGUCAAGGACGAGCAUGCACCAGACAAGUUCAGGGUGUUAGGACCUUUGGCCAAUAGUCCCCGGUUUUCCGAAGCGUGGAACUGUCCCAUAGGGAGUGUCAUGAACCCCGAAAGCAAGUGCAAGAUCUGGUAGAAGACUUGCGCAUUCAAAUAACAACUCUAUCCAUUAUACAUACUCAUCAAGACUCUGCAACGUUCAUUUAUUUUGUUUGUUUUCAAGACCAGGCCAGUUUUUUUCCUGAUUUUUCCUGAUUUUCAUUCCAAGGAACUCACUUACCUCGAGUUUAUUGCCAUUUACGAUUAUGAAAUAGAUUUGAUGAAAAACAACAA